GCGAGCACGCCGCUGCAGUCGUAAACACGUGUUGUAUUCAAAAUUUCCAAGCUCUUUCUUUUACUGGGAUGCUAAGAAAUGGUACAUACACUGAAGUGAGAAAAGUAUGAGUCGCGAUCCAGCGCUGGAUGCAUUUCCGCGCCUCUCAAGCGCCGACUCCAAAGUCCGACUGGCGGCUGCAGAAACCCUGCUGCAAUAUUUCUUCCGCCUGAGGAAGGAUGGUCAAGAGGAGGAAGUGUCCAAUGUUGGCCGCAGGCUUGUGCGGGGCCUUGCAUGCAGCAAGAGCUCGGCGAGAAAGGGCUACUACCUCACAUUUACCGGAUUCCUGAAGACUUUUACCGAUCUUCCUUACUCAUCUAUCUGCGAGUUUGCCCAAAAAGAACUGAAGGUGUCAUCAGGGGGCAGCAAGGGCGAGGAAGGUGACCUCCUACUUGGCAAGAUCCUCUUCGCGGGUGCCUUGCUUCGAUCAGGUCGCCUGCAGACCUUUUCGGACGAGGAGAAGGGCCAGGUCGUCGAAGGGUUAGUUGGGGCCAUGUCCAAGCGGAGUUACCUGCCUCUAAUCGCGGCACCCUUCCUGGAAUGUCUUCUGGAGGAGAGCCCGGACGAUGAUUUCCACCGGUUGUUUUGGCCCGCCUUGAGACCCUACCUGGUCAAGGAUUGGAGCCAGCAAACGCAGUCUUCGCUUUACAUCCUCCUACACAUUUACAAAAAGUUUAAGGUGAAGAAGACCGAGUUGAAAGGUAUAUUAGGCCUUGACUUGGUGGCUAAAGCAAACUGGCCGCACCUUGCGAAAAUUCUGCUUGAAGGCCAGCAUCCGGUUACCGACCUUCUGGUGUCUCGUCUCCCUGCGGAUCAGCGGGUAGAGUUCUGGAACGGACCAGUGCAGGAGGUGCUAGGGAAAGCGUCGCGUGCUCGCCAUGCUGCCGCCCUGAACCUGCUAAGCAGUCUCUUCAAAACUUCCGAUGAGCAGAAUUUUCCCAAUCUGCUGAACUCGACAAGCGUGAGCCUCCUGAAGAAAAGCCUUCAGGAUGGAGAGCUGCGGGCUGACGCUGCCGACGCCAUGGAAGCCCUGCUGGACAGGGUCAAGACCGUUCCUGAUAAGGUCAGGGCGAAGGUGCUGGAGAAACUCACUGCUGACGAAUUUUCCUUUGACGAAGUAACAAAGUGUGGGCUGCUCAGGGCAGUGGCCAACUCUCUGCAGAAAGAAGGAAUCAAAGUGGCCAUCGAUAAUCUCAAAAAGGUGGUAGUGGAUGAUUCAAAGAAGACUAAGGACAAGUGUGGCGCUGUGCACAUGAUUGCAACCCUGGCAAGUAGCACAGCAGCCGCGGUUGAGUCUCGAGAGACGGCCACCUUGUUCCUCUUGGAGCAGGCCUUCUUCUCCGGCUCAAACACAAGCGCCCUGAAUCAAGCCGCCAAACAGAACUUCUUGCGGUGCCAGAAGGUGGCUCAAGAUAGCGUUCUGCGAGCGGCCUUCGACUACGUAGACGGCCAGCUGAAGAAAAAACGGCCACCUGUCAAGAUGAGCACUACAUCUGUGUCUGCCUGGAAGAAGAUGGCUACUCAGGUGAGCGAGCUGGACGCCGCAAGGGGCAAGGUGGAGGCUGUCCUCUCCCAGCUGAUGGUGCACGUCGGUCUGCAGCUACUCAAUGACCCUGAUCAAGCCCUAGAAGCACUUGAGGAAUUGCAUGAGUGCUGCAGCAGGGUCCUGGGAGGAAAGCAAGACAAGCAUUGGGUUGAAGUGGUAGUGGAGGUUCUGCUCUCCCUGCUGGCGCACCCUCAGGCCGCUCUGAGAGCUACCAUCAGGAAAAUGUUCUCUGCCCUUUGUCCCACGAUCACGCAGGAGGCCUUGACCAGCCUGGUGGAAGCCUGCAGUGCCCAAGAUAACCCUUUGGUGCCCAAAGAUCAAGCAGAGGAAGAUGAUUCUGAGGUUGAAGAGGAGGACGAUGAGGAAGGAGAAGAAGCUGAAGAAGAGGGCAAUGAAGAUGAGGAUGAGGAAGUAGAGGACGAUGAUGAUGAAGAUGAUGGCGACGAUCAGGAGGACACACAGGCUGACAAAAUCAGAGCAGCCGUGAGGUCUGCUUUGGGCACUAAUGGUGAAGUGUCUGACGCUGAGUCAGUUGACGUUGACGACAUUUCCGAGGAGGAAGGGCGCAGGCUGGACGAGGCCCUGAGUCAGGCAUUUAAAGGUGCCCGGAAAGGACUGAGCAAGCGUGACAGCAAGGUGCAAGAGCAGAUGCUCCACUUCCGGCUGCGAGUGUUGGACCUCCUGGAGACGUAUGUGCGCUCUGAGCAGUCGCUGAGCCUGACGCUGCAGCUGGUGGAGCCGCUGCUCGACCUGCUGGCCCGCUGCCUGCGGGACACACAGAUGCGACCGCUGGAGGGCCGCCUCAAGCACCUUCUUUGCUCGUUUGGCCAGCUCCGCAAAUUCGCCGACAUCAAAGGCGUGUCCGAGAGCAACCUGGCAGAGAGUCUGAACGCGCUGCUUGAACGCGGCCGCACCUCCCAGGCCGUCUUCCUUUCAGUGGCCGCUGAGGCUGCGGCCGUGGCCGCCUUCCUGGCUCGCGCGUCGCAGUCCGUCGAAUCCUCUGGGCCUCUGACCGACGCCUUCAAGGCUGCUAUGAGCGAAUUUUUCUGCGUCAGGGACUGCGCCCUACCCGCCGCGUUCUUCACUCCUCUCCUCAAGACCUCUUGGUCUGGAAACCUCAGCCUGCUGCCCCUGCUAAUGGAAUACGCUUUUGAUGGCACGGAAGAGACCAAAAUUUUCCGGAGACCGGUUGCCAUUACCUUUUUGCUAGAGCUGGUGAGCAACCAGCAGCUGAUGCAGACCAACAAGUUGAAAUCAUCCAAGCUGCUUGGUCAAAUGGCGAUAAAGGCUUCUGCAGCACUGACCAGCAAGGAGCAGAAAGAGCGUUUUGAGCGACAGUUGUUGACACUAAUUCAAAAACUGAUUCCUCGCCUUGACGAGAAGCAGAAGAAGCCCCUGACUGCUGACUUAGAGGGCUACAUUCCGCAAGUGACCCUGGCUGGCAAAGAAACCAAGAAGCUGUUCAGAAGGGUUGCCCUUCAGCUUAAGGUACCUGAGGAGAAGUUGAAGUUGUUGACCCAAGUUAACGGCAAAAUUGAAAAUGGAAAGGCUUCUGCGGAAGAAGUGAUACCUAAAGACAAGAAAACUAAGAAGAAGGAGAAAAAGCAGGCAAAGAAGCGAGCUAAAAACCAAGAAAAGGUGGCGAAGGUUGCCGCAAAGAAACUGCGGCUAGAGGCCAGCUCUCAAGGCCUACAAUCUGUUAGUUUUGGAAGUGUCAAUCUAAAUAAGUGUGUGGAGUAGCACUCGAGGAAUAAAUUUUAAUUUUGUAUACAACCGAA